AUGAAAUAUGAAAAUGAGGAUCCUGAAUUUGUGGAAAAGAUGAUAGGAGGGUUCUUUGUUGACGAUCUAGUGGUAGGUUGUGAAGACACACAGGAAGCUUUAACCCUAUAUAAGAAGGCUAAAAGAAGGAUGAGCGAUGGAGGAUUUCAUUUCCGGAAAUGGAAGACUAAUGACAAAGAGUUAGCAGGGGAGAUAGCAAAGAAGGAAAUAAAUAGAGUGAAAGAGGACAAAGCCUCUAAACAUGAAGACACAUCGUUUGCUAAGGAGACUCUAGGCAUGCCAGACAGUAUGGGGCAGAAGACUAAGGUUUUGGGUGUAACGUGGGACAACACAAGAGAUACCUGGGAGUUUAAUCUGGGGAACAGAGGCGAGGUAAUAGGUGAAACAGCCCAACCCACUAAAAGAGGUAUCUUAAGCGCCUUGGCUUCUAUAUUUGACCCCCAUGGGCUUGUUAGCCCUAUAGCAGUAUCAGCAAAAAUCUUGUUUCAGGAGUUGUACUUAGGAAAAAUCAGCUGGGACGAUCCACUUCGUAAGGAUAAGCUUGAAAGAUGGGAAGAAUGGGUCAAGGAUUUAAAACAGACGGGUACAAUUUGCCUUCCUAGGUGUGUUGUUUCCAAAAACAAAGGGAAGAUAUUGAGUCGGCAGUUGCACGGAUUUGCUGAUGCCAGCAAAAAAGCAUAUUGUAGGAUGGUUUACCUUGUAGAAGAAACCACUGAGGGGACCUUUACUGGGCUGCUGAGUGCUAAGACAAGAGUUGCCCCUUUGAAGGAAUUAACAAUACCCCGGCUAGAACUAAUGUCUGCAAGGGUACUAGCUACACUGAUGAACACCAUUAUUCAAGCCUUCGGUCCACAGUUUAAGUUUGAUUGCAUUAAGUAUUGGCUGGACAGUAAAACCGCUCUCUAUUGGAUCGAUAACAAUGGAGAAUGGAAGCAAUUUGUUCAGCAUCGUGUCAAUGAAAUUGUGCGCUCAACCACCAAGGAAGACUGGGGACAUGUAUCAGGCAUCGACAACCCAGCAGAUCUAGGUUCUAGGGGGGUAACAGCAAGCCACUUGAAGGAGAGCACAUUAUGGUGGCAAGGACCUCAUUGGUUAAAGGAAGGACAAAACAGCUUGCCUAAUGUGUUCACAUUAGAAGACUCGCCUGAUGUGAAGGAAGAAAGAAAGAAGAACGCAAAUGUGCUAAUGCUCACAGAUAUGAGGCAAGGAGUGAGUGAGGUUGUUAAGGUCUAG